AUGGAAUUCACAGAUAGGGCCAAGAAGGCCAUGGAGGACGCCAUGACCCUGGCAGAACAACACGCCCACUCCCAGCUUCUACCAGUCCACCUUGCAGUUUCUCUCCUAGACCCUCCUCCGGAUUUGUCCAAGGACCAGCAGAACUCACCAGGUUCUUCACACACUCUCCUGAGGCAGGUCGUUGAGCGAGCCCAAGGUGAUCCUCAGCUUCUUGACAGGGCGCUGAAGAAGACCCUGGUUCGGCUCCCCAGCCAGGACCCGCCCCCAGAGAAUGUCACCAUGUCUCCAUCGUUCAACACCCUUAUCCGUAAGGCCAUGGAACUACAGAAGGUCCAGAAAGACUCAUUUAUCGCCGUGGACCACUUGAUUUCAGCCUUGGCCGAGGACGUCAGCUUCCAAAACUGUCUCAAGGAGGCUAAUGUUCCCAAACACAAGCUCAUCCAGGACGCUGUCCAGACCAUCCGCGGUACCAAGAGGGUGGAUUCGAAGACGGCAGACACGGAGGAAGAGCACGAGAAUCUCUCGAAAUUCACCAUCGACAUGACGGCCAUGGCAAGGGAAGGAAAGAUCGACCCUGUCAUUGGACGUGAGGAGGAAAUCCGCAGAGUUGUUCGAAUUCUCUCGAGGAGAACGAAGAACAACCCCGUGCUCAUCGGUGAGCCUGGUGUAGGAAAGACCACAGUUGUCGAGGGCCUCGCCCAACGAAUCGUCAAUGCUGAUGUCCCGGACAACCUGGCUGCCUGCAAGCUCCUGUCACUGGACGUCGGUGCUUUGGUCGCCGGUAGCAAGUACCGUGGAGAGUUCGAGGAGAGAAUGAAGGGUGUCUUGAAAGAAAUCGAGGAGGCUAAGGAGAUGAUUGUCCUAUUCGUUGACGAAAUCCACUUGCUCAUGGGAGCUGGCUCUUCCGGCGAGGGCGGCAUGGACGCUGCCAAUCUCUUGAAGCCCAUGCUUGCUCGUGGCCAGCUGCACUGUAUUGGAGCCACAACCCUGGCUGAGUACCGCAAAUACAUCGAGAAGGAUGCCGCGUUCGAGCGUCGCUUCCAACAGGUUCUCGUCAAGGAGCCAACGAUCAGCGAGACUAUUUCUAUUCUCCGAGGUCUCAAGGAGAAGUACGAGGUUCACCAUGGUGUUACAAUCGCAGACAGCGCUCUUGUCGCCUCGGCGAACCUUGCUGCACGCUACCUUACCUCGCGGCGCAUGCCUGACUCUGCUGUCGACUUGAUCGAUGAGGCAGCUGCUGCCGUGCGCGUCGCCCGCGAAUCUCAACCCGAAAUCAUCGAUUCUCUUGAGCGUAAGCUACGACAGCUGAAGAUUGAGAUCCACGCACUGUCACGCGAAAAGGAUGAGGCAUCCAAGGGCCGCCUUGCUCUAGCGAAGCAGGAGGCGCAAAACGUCGAAGAAGAGCUCAGGCCUCUUCGCGAGAAGUACGAGAGUGAGAGGAAGCGUGGUAAAGAUAUCCAGGAGGCGAAGAUGAAGCUUGACCAGCUCAAAGUCAAGAUGGAGGAUGCUAGCAGAAUGGGCGAUCACGCACGCGCUGCAGACCUCCAGUACUACGCCAUCCCUGAGCAAGAAGCGGUCAUCAAGCAGCUCGAGAAGGACAAGGCUGCCGCCGAUGCUGCUAUCAGCGCUCAGGCCCAAACCGACCACGGUGGUUCAAUGAUCACCGAUGUUGUCGGGCCUGACCAGAUCAACGAAAUUGUGUCGAGGUGGACCGGAAUCCCCGUCACUCGACUCAAGACAUCCGAGAAAGAAAAGCUCAUCCACAUGGAGAAGGCUCUCGCCAAACUCGUCGUUGGUCAGAAGGAGGCCGUGCAAUCGGUUUCGAAUGCCAUCCGUCUGCAACGCUCCGGACUUAGCAACCCGAAUCAGCCACCGAGCUUCUUAUUCUGCGGUCCGUCAGGUACCGGUAAGACACUGCUCACCAAGGCGCUUGCCGAAUUCCUUUUCGACGACCCCAAGGCCAUGAUCAGGCUCGACAUGUCGGAAUACCAGGAGAGGCAUUCACUCAGCCGCAUGAUUGGAGCUCCCCCAGGAUAUGUCGGACACGACUCGGGCGGUCAACUGACUGAGGCUCUUCGUCGCAAGCCUUUCUCCAUCCUCCUGUUCGAUGAGGUUGAGAAGGCUGCGAAGGAGGUCCUGACUGUACUCCUCCAGCUUAUGGACGACGGUCGCAUCACUGAUGGCCAAGGACGUGUCAUCGAUGCUCGUAACUGUAUUGUCGUAAUGACUUCCAACUUGGGUGCAGAGUUCCUCUCUCGGCCAGCUGGUAAGGACGGCAAGAUUGACCCAACAACGCGCGAGCUUGUGAUGAAUGCGCUGCGCAACUACUUCCUGCCCGAGUUCUUGAACCGUAUUUCCUCAACCGUCAUUUUCAAUCGUCUCACGCGCAAGGAGAUUCGGAAGAUCGUGGACCUACGGAUUUCCGAGAUCCAGAAGCGUCUUGCAGACAACAACCGCAACAUCGCCAUCUCGGUGUCGGAUGAGGCUAAAGACUACCUGGGCAAUGCUGGCUACUCACCUGCCUAUGGUGCUCGCCCACUUGCCCGCCUUAUUGAGCAAGAAGUUCUCAACAAGCUUGCCGUACUGAUCUUGCGCGGCAACAUUCAAGAUGGUGAGGUUGCGCGGGUGGAGCUCAUUGACAAUAAGAUUGUCGUCCUGUCGAAUCAUUCUAGCAGUGAGAAUGGUGAUGACAUCGAUAUGAUUGAUGAUGAGGAGGAUGCGGUGGAGGAGAUUAUCAGGGACGACGACGAUGAGUUGUUUGACUAA